UUUACUUUGUAACUUAUACUUUUUUACUUUGCGAAAUAUUUCAAAAAACAACACCGGGGACAGAUGAAACACAACAACCCCAGGAGAAAUGGCAUGCAGAGAAUGUUAUCUGCUCUCUCUCUCUCCUUCUUUCCGUGCUUGAGUUUUGAAGAUGGGCUGGUACUUGCUGUGAUGUCACCCCACUCUUGUGAGAACAUUCAUUCCACCCGCAGCGUGGCUCGCCAGCUCCUCUCCAAAGAGAAACAGAAGCAGCCAGCGUUACGCAGGGCAAUGUGACAACAAGGGAGCGACUUUGUUCACAUGUUUUCUUUAUGUUCGGGAUCGGGUGGAAGUGCUAGAACUGUGUCCACGAACUUUCAUGCAAAACAUGCUAUUUCAGGAAAUCGGUGUUGUUUGCAGCUUUGGAGUCUUCUGAAUGAUGCGCUGCGUUUGUUCUGAACAGGAGCGUUGCGCACAGCGGAGCACCGAUCUGUAGCGACGCAGCAUAGCGUGCCCAGCCUCAGUUCUUUUAAGAGGGAGAAAAUAUAUCAAAAAUGAUCCGAAAGAACAGAUUUCAGCCAGAAUGGAUUUGAUGGAUUUAAAUGUGUUGCUGGAAAACGUUUCCAGGGAUGGCAACAUCACCGACGCACCGCUCUCACUGCCGUACCCGGAGGCAGCCACGGCACUCAUCAUACUUGUAGUUAUUGUUAUGAUUUCUGUGACUAUUGUAGGCAAUGUAUUAGUUAUUGUUGCGGUUUUGACCAGCAGGGCACUCCGUGCGCCACAGAACCUUUUUCUGGUCUCCCUGGCGUCGGCGGACAUCCUGGUUGCCACGCUGGUCAUCCCGUUCUCUUUAGUCAAUGAGGUGAUGGGUUAUUGGCUCUUUGGAAGUACUUGGUGCGCCUUCUAUCUGGCUUUGGACGUGUUGUUUUGCACCUCAUCCAUCGUGCACCUGUGCGCCAUCAGUCUGGACCGCUACUGGUCAGUGACAAAGGCUGUGAGUUACAACCUGAAGCGAACGCCGAAGCGCAUCAAGUCCAUGAUCACUGUGGUGUGGGUGAUAUCUACCAUCAUCUCCUUCCCCCCUCUUCUCAUGACCAAGCACGACGAGAGGAAGUGCGAGCUGACUGACGAGACCUGGUACAUCCUCUCCUCUUGCCUUGUGUCCUUCUUCGCUCCGGGUCUCAUCAUGAUUCUGGUUUACUGUAAGAUCUACAAAGUGGCCAAGCAGCGCUCGUCCACCGUGUUUGUGGCCAAGAACGGCUUGGAGAGAGAACCUUCCCAGUCGGAGACCUGCUUCGUCAGGAAGGACCGGUUCGAGGUGGAGAGCCCCAGCAGCCUGAGCUCCGGCAGCCAUCAGCAGAGGCAAGGGGAGUUGGACGACAUCGACCUGGAAGAGAGCUGUUACUCCUCGGAUACCAAGCCCCGCCAUCACCGCUUCACCAAGCGCAGAAAGGUGGAGGGGUCGGAAUGCUGCCCUCCGCAGAGCUGCCGCCUCUCGUGGGCUUCGGCCCGGGCGUCACAGCCAUUCCCGGAGCAGAAGAACCCCGCCGAGCGACAGCAGCUGGGCGCGGCUAACAAGACCAAAGUGGCCCAGAUGCGGGAGAAGCGUUUUACCUUCGUGCUGGCGGUGGUGAUGGGGGUGUUCGUGCUCUGCUGGUUCCCCUUUUUCUUCACCUACAGCCUCCAUGCGAUCUGCAGAAACAGCUGCACCAUCCCUGACGCACUUUUCAAACUUUUCUUUUGGAUUGGCUACUGCAACAGCUCGGUGAACCCCAUUAUUUACACUAUUUUUAAUAGAGACUUCAGAAAAGCCUUCAAGAAAAUCAUAUGCAGAACUUCAAAGCGCACAUGAAGAGGGGUACUAUUUAUAUUUUGCCUCACUCACUAAUUAGUAAAGAGAUUUGAAAAUGUGUAGAGAUGCACCAAUCAGGGGUUUUUUUUUAGGCCGAUGCCAAUUUCUGGUUUUCUUUGAGAUUCAACAUGCCAGUUCCCUUUUUUUCCCGAAGAGACAUGACACAUUAAAUAAUAAAAUGUAUGUAUGGAGAUUCAUCGACUGGACCUUUUCUGGCCAGCAUUGUCAUUCUUUUCUUGGAAUUUCAGAUUUUAUUUGGGAUCUGACCUGUUGGUUCCAGUUUUUACCAAUUCUAUUUUUCCACGAUUUCCUAAAGAGGGAGCUCAUUUACUAAUUAAAAUAAAAGUGAAAUGACAUUUAUGUAGUAUUUUUUUCCCAAAAUAUUAUAUCAAAGUUUAUGAUGUUAUGGCUCGUGGUUUAUACAUUAAAACUAAUGUUAGAUCUAGAUUUUGAUAUCUUUAAUGGAGAGAAAAACACACCAAAAUUUCAUCAUCUGAUCUGCGGAUAAACGAUUCAGCUUUCAUAACCGAUAUCAAUGUCCACUCACAUGCCAUUGCCAUAUUUGACCAAAUCUGAUUUAUUUUUCUGAAGGAAGUAGUGCAAGUUCUUAGAAAGACUUGGAGCUCUCUCACUCAUUAGUAUGAGACGUGGAAAUGCUACUAAAGCACAUAUAAAUAUAUUUUUUAAGGUCUAACUUACCAACUACUGUCUUGAAUUACUAGUUUUGUCUCUCAGCUUUCCCCCACAUAAAAUAAUAAAUAUGUAGUAAAUUCUGUAAAAUAGAUAUUAGUUUGGAAUCCAACAGAAGGAAUUACAAACUUUUUCCUAUUUAUGCAUGAAAGCAUAUGUCCCUAGUAUGUCUUAGAUAUUUUUACACUUGAAAAAAGUGCAAGUACAUUUUGUUGGUUGUUGAAUUUGUAGAUCAAAGGCGGUGAACACUUCUAGUUCUGGUGCGUUUAAAGGAAAAGAAAACAUAAUUUUCAGUAUUUCAAAUUCUGAUCAACAAUUAGAGCCUAUUAAGGAAAAACUAGCCUAUUGAUUGGUGCAUCUCUAAAAAUGUGUUAGUGUGGCUCAUUAGCCCAGAGUACUGCUGCCUCAUCGUUUUACUGUAAUUACACAGAAAAAAACAGUUCAUUGUAUUUACUGUCUAUGAAUAAAAUUUAUUUGGUGGAGCAUAUAUAAUAUUUGUUAAAAGCUAUUAAUCUCAUAUUUAUGCCACUCUUUCUGAGGUAUGAGAAAUCUUAGGUUGCAUAAGAAAUCUUGAACACCUCCUUAUUUCACCAAGUGGGUUGGAGCAGCACACAGGCAGAACAUAUUUAAAGUAAAAAUGUGAAACUAC